AGCAGCUGGUCACAGGGUGGUGUGUUCUGUUUUGAUCUGUUUUCUGUUUGUAUUUCUAUCCCAGGUAGCUGACCACCAGACGAAAUAGAUAUUCAAGAUGGCUAAAGGAGAGAAGAGUACGAAGGAAGUGCUACCAGCUUCGCUUGUUCCAGAACAACCACAGGCUUUGUCCUCGAAGGAUAAGAACACACAGAGACUGAUCGUUGUGCUCAGUGCUGCGUGUCUUGAAACUCACAAGAUCUCGUCUGGACACGGAAGUGGACAUGAUAAGUAUGCUCUGUUGAACUGUGACGAUCAUCAGAGUCUUCUGCAGAAGAUGGGUAGAGAUAUCUCUGAGGCUAGACCGGACAUCACACACCAGUGUCUGUUGUCUUUACUCGAUUCCCCAAUUAACAAAGCUGGCAGACUACAGGUGUACAUCCACACUGCCAGAGGAGUCCUUAUAGAGGUGAAUCCAAGUGUGCGUAUUCCAAGAACUUUCAAGAGAUUUAGUGGGUUGAUGGUUCAACUGUUGCACAAGUUGAGUAUCAAAUCCGUCAACUCUGAGGAGAAGCUGUUGAAGGUGAUCAAGAACCCCAUUACAGACCAUUUACCAACGAAGUGUAAGAAAGUCACUCUUUCCUUCGACGCCCCACUGAUUCGAGUCCAAGAUUACGUUGCCAAGCUGGACGAGGAUGAGAGCAUUUGCGUGUUUGUCGGUGCGAUGGCCAGAGGUAAAGAUAGCUUUGCCGAUGAGUUCAUCGAUGAGAAAGUUGGACUCAGUGACUAUCCUUUGAGUGCCAGUGUGGCAUGCUCCAAGUUCUGCUUUGGAUGUGAAGACGCUUGGGGAAUCUACUGAUGUCUCAAUUGUGUGAUUUUAG